UCUUCUGAGAGCUUACUGAGAAUGUUGCAGGCACAGCUUGGAGAUUUCCAUAAAAUUGUAUCUGAGCUGUUCCUAGCCUCUUCAGACCCUAAAGAUUGUUCCAUAGUGGUGCGCGCCUUGGACAGAUAUUUUAGAAAAAUGUCCACUUGCAAGCAAGUCAUUCAAGGUUUGGAUUGUUCUACGUGUACGAUAUCGCUCAUCCGAGAAGUAUCAAAUCAUGAAGUGCUUAUAUCACGAAAGUACAUCUUGGAAGAAAUGAAAAUCGUCAUGCAAGAGAUCCGGCAAUCUCUUUUGUCGAAUGAUGUUGACUUGACCGCUCUGGCAGGAAAACUCGAACAAUCUUUUGUGUUCCAAGUGAAGACUGCUUUGGCCAAUCUUCUUCUUUUCAUUGCAAGCGAUGUCACGUUUUCCACCUUACCUCCUGCCGAGUUUCAAGCUGAAUUUGCGCACAACGUGCAUGAAGAGAUUGUGAUAGGGGCAUUCAAAGACGUCAUCGCUGUGGCGGAAACUUAUGGUAGUACUGCUUUUUUGAUGGAUUUGUCUAAUUUACUUCCAUUGUAG